AUGAAGCAGCAGCAGCAGCAGCACACGACCCUCAAAACAUCAGGACGUCUUUACCGUCAUCGCGCCUCUCACUGUGUAGGGUUACUCUUGCUUGUUGCAGGCGCAUGGCACACCCUCUGUUCAUCUCGACUAGGAGCGCACCCGGCACUUCCAUGGCUCAAGCGACCUAAUCUCUCUUAUGAUGACCUGAUCGAGCUUCUCAUCUCCGUUCCCCACGGCCACAGGGCCCGAGAAUGGAGUACCUACUAUACGUCAGAAUCCCACUUGCCAGGCCAGGGUCUCAGCCAAGCCGAAUGGACGCGGAGCAAAUGGGAGGAGUUUGGAGUCGUAAACACCACCAUUGCUCCCUAUGGGGCCUAUUGCUCUUAUCCUGAAGGCCAGCGACUGGCACUCCUCGACUUGAACAAGCCUGUCGCAGAACAAGUGUUAUACGAGGCCUCCCUGGUCGAGAAGCACGCCAUCAACAACCGUGGGAAAAGUCAGAGUUGGGAACUCUUUGCCCCGGCGUUCCAUGCGUUUUCGGCGCCCGGUAAUGUUACCGCUUCCUACGUCUUCGCCAAUUUCGGGACGCGGGAGGACUACGAGACCCUGGUGCGCACGGGAAUCAGUCUCGAAGGGAAGAUUGCCAUUGUGAAGUCGGCGCAGGUCACCCCGUACGUUCAGAAAAAGGAACUAAGUGUUAAUCGCUUCAAUCAGAUUCAAUGGGCGCAGAGAAUGGGCAUCCUCGGGGUGAUUGCAUACGCAGAUCCUGAAAUUGAUGGCUCCGUGGUUCCUGAUGGUGGGUAUAAGCCUUUCCCGGAUGGGCCUGCCCGUCCGGAAACUAUGAUUGAGAGGGGAGCGCUAGGCAAAGUGGAAACGCUUCCAGGUGACUCUGGGUCAGAUCUCAAUGGCCCUGCCUCGGGUGUAACUAUCCCGUCGAUUCCUAUCUCCUACGCCGAUGCAAUCCCGCUCCUCCGCGCGCUGAAUGGUCAUGGUCCAAGGGCGUAUGAGCUACCGCCGCGAUGGCAUGGGGGACGUUUAGGAAACAGAAGCGUACAGUAUAAUGUCGGUCCCUCGCCCGAGAACCUCGUCUUGAAUUUUUACAACGGGGUGAAUUAUACAACUGCCAAGGUCCACAACGUCAUUGGAACUAUUCAGGGGAGGGAGCUCCCAGAUGAGGUUGUGAUUAUAGGCAACCACCGCGAUGCAUGGGGACCGGGAGCGGGAGACCCCAAUAGUGGCUCGACCGCACUGAAUGAGGUCGUCCGUAGUUUCGGCGCGGCCAUACAGCGUGGCUGGCGGCCGCUACGCACGAUUGUGUUCAUCAGCUUUGAUGGCGAGGAGUUUGGACAGGUCGGGUCCCGUCCAUGGAUCCGGGAGCAUUUGCCCUGGCUGAAUCGUACGGCAGUCGCGUAUCUCAACGUCGUGGUGGCAGCCGGCGGCACCCAGUUCCAUGUUAAGACCAGUCCGAUGCUCCACCGCGCGGCGAUAUACGCCACCGGAAUGGUCCAAUCACCAAACCAAACGGUCGAGGGCCAGACCGUCCUCGACGUCUGGGGAAGCCAUUUCACAGUAGGUGGAGGCGGGGAUGCCAUGCAAUUCCUUAGUAGCGCCUGUAUCUCAGCGCUCGACAUGGGGUUCUCUCCGGGACUGGACGAUCCCGUUUUCCCCUAUCACUCGCAGUUUGAUACGGUCGAUUGGAUGGAUACCUUUGGAGACCCAGACUGGAAGUAUCAUAUCGCCACUGCCAAGAUUUGGUCGUUGAUGGCCGCCUAUCUCCUUGAGAGACCGGUGCUGGCAGAGCGCACCACAGAUUACGCGACCAGUCUAGGGACAUACCUCCGCGCUGCACGCAGUAAGGUGCCUGCCUCAUUUGCGAAUUUCGAUUUCACUCUGUUGCACGAUUCGAUUGCCAGGCUGAAUCAGGCGGCAGUGCAGUUUGACGGCUACGCUGCUGCCUUAGAGGGUCGUGUCCAGCAGCAGCGGCCUUGGUGGAAUUUUUGGACGGAUUCUCGGCUACAAUAUCAGAUUCGCGCCAUCAAUCAAGUGUACAUUGCCUUUGAGCGUAUGUUCUAUUACGAGCCAGGGCUGGACGGAAAACCCUGGUCGAAACAUGUGGUCUUCUCCGAAAGUGCAUGGCAUAAGAACCCAGACGCUUUUCCGGCGCUGGGGAAUGCUCUGUCAGAGGGUAAUUUCACCGCGGCUCAUCAAUGGGUGGGGAUUAUCGCGGACCGAAUUGACGCUGCCACAAGUUUGCUAGAGCACCACCUACGGCUGUGA